AUGCUCAUGUUGUGUCCUGUUUCAGGUUUGCAGGCUCUGUUUCCGGGCGACGUUCUCUGUCUGUGGUGGAAACGCAGGCAAAAGUUAAGAAACUGGCGGCCCCUAAACCUGCGUUUCCAGCUUCCUUCACACCAGCUCUUCCCACCAGGACAUCUAAAGAACCUACAAAUGAAGAGCUGGUUCAGGCAGCAGUUCACACUGAGGAGUCAGCCUCUGACGUACAGGCACCUCGCUCACAGCACCUGCAUCCACCUCCUACCACUUCAUCACAGGAGGAGCCAACAGAUGAGGAGCUGCUGGAGGCCUCACAGGAGCUGGAUCCAAGUGUGGACACAACAGCUCCUGCUGCUCCUCCCCAUGAGGCUCCCCCUCCAUCUCUGGCGAUGCGAUGUUAUCGGGGUGGAGUACCUGUACCAGCAAACAGGCGUCGUGCUUGAGGAUGUCAGCCUGGACCCUGACACUCCGGAUGAGGCUGCUGCCGUUGACACCCUCAUGGAGGUGGAUGAGGGGAUCGAGGAGGACGUCGGGGACCCCACCAUCUUUAAACCUGAUCCACCCCCGACCACCAGCACAGUGGCAGCAGCUCAGUCAGCUGAUCCAGCUGAAGCACCCAAGUCUGAGCCAUCUACUCCAGCUGCCCCCCAUCAACAUGCCCCUCCUGAGGCCCCUGAGGUCCAGGCUCCUGCUCCUCAGCACUCCUCAGACUCUAAGGAUGAGGUCCAUGGUCCUGAAGGUCAGCCCGGGUAUCAGAGGUUCUGCAGACGCCAGAAAUCCUGCGAGAGGGCUGUGCAGGAGCAGGGACUUGGAAUGGUUCCUGCUCCAGCUGCUGCUGACCAGCCUCUCCCAGCAGCUAAAGGGCUGUCCUUGGAGCAGGUGGGACAAGGACAGCCCUUUACUUCCGGCAUCCCAGAGGAACAGCCUGGACCCUCCAGCAGGGGACUGCCACCUCCACCAGACCAGCCUCGACCCGUCACUGUCAUUCUUCUAUCUCUGCUGAGACCUCUGCUGCCCACCUCAGGCUCUGCCGCUCCCCCGGCUCCUCUUCUUGGACCACCGGGUGUUCCCUGCACUACCGCCUACAGGAAGAGGAAGGUGGCGGAGGCUCCUCCUGCUGCUGCUGCUGGGCAGGGCCCCCCCCAAGGACAGAAAGCCCGCUGGCUGUACGCCUGCAGCAAGUGUGGCCAGCCUAGAAGGCUCGACACUGGCCACACUCGCAUUGCAGGUGUGUCCUACUGUGCGGCUGUCGGUGGGAAGACUGUGGAGGAGUGGAAGGAGGACAUGAAACGGCGUGACCCCCCAAAGCCGUGAACAUGUUCAUUUUGUUCUGUAUUCAAGUUAUUUUACUAAUGUUUUCUUUUAAUUAAAGAUGCAUCUUU